AUGCCUCUUCUACCGGUCGCUCUUUACGGGCUUGAAGUCCCAUGCGGCGAUGUCCUCAUCCCAGCAGUUCCCGACUUUCCAGCCACUUUCCGCAUCACUAUGGCUGCAAUUGAUCCCACUGAACCAGCUGAGCUCAACGAGAGCACCAAGGACUCCUCCCGCGCUACAUUGAAGAUCGUCCGCCAAGCAGAAGGCGAUGAGGAUAACGAGGACUACAUGCGUGAGCUGCUGGGCGAUAGCGAUAGCGGCUCUGACGAUGAAAGCGAGAGUGACGAGGAAGCCAAUGGAGGCCCAAGUGACCCUGCCAAAUCCAAGAAGGCUAGAAAGGCCGCUGCUUUAAAGCAGCUCAUGGAGUCCAUCAACACAGGUUCUGACGAGGAGAUGGAGGAUGCCGACAAAGCCGACAAAGCCGUCAAUGGCGCCAAGGCUGAUAAGAAGGGCAAGGCCAAGGCCACUGACGACGACGAGGAAGAAGAUGACGAGGAGGACAGCGGUGAUGAGGAGCUUGAGCUUGAGGAAUAUGUUCUCUGCACCCUCGACCCAGAGAAGAACUACCAACAACCCCUCGACAUCACCAUUGCUGAGAAUGAGCGUGUCUUCUUCAAGGUCUCUGGCACUCACACCAUCUACCUUACUGGCAACUACGUUAUCCCUGACGACAAUGGCCACAACCGCCACCAUGAGGUCUACGACUCCGACUCCGACUCUGAGGAUGAGGAUUACGAUCUGUCUCCUGAUGAGGACGAGCUUGAUCUCGAUGAUGAGGAGAGUGACGAUCUUGACGGGCUGGAGGACCCCCGCAUCACUGAAAUUGACACCGAUGAGGAAGAGGCACCAAAGCUUGUGAAGGCCGAUGAAAAGAAGGCCGAGACCAAAGGAAAGAACAAGCGUUCCGCUGAUGAGCUUGAGGAGGGCGCUUCUCUCGAUGAUGCCAUGGACAAGUCCCUCAAGGAUGGCGAGGAGCAGAAGCUUAGCAAGAAGCAGUUGAAGAAACUCAAGAAGAACAAUGGUGAGGCCGCUGAAGCGAAGGCUGAGGAGCAGAAGAAGAGCGAGACAAAGAACGACAAGAAGGUCCAAUUUGCCAAGAACCUCGAGCAAGGUCCAACCGGGUCUGCAGAAAAGGCCAAGGCCACUGAAGCGAAGAGCCUAGGCCCAAAGACCGUCCAAGGUGUUAAGAUCGAUGACAAGAAGCUUGGGAAGGGACCGGCUUGCAAGAAGGGUGACAAGGUCGGCAUGCGCUACAUUGGUAAACUCACAGAUGGCAAAGUGUUUGACUCGAACAAGAGUGGCAAGCCAUUUUCGUUCAAGCUCGGAACUGGCGAGGUUAUUAAGGGAUGGGAUAUCGGUGUCGCUGGCAUGUCAGUCGGUGGUGAACGAAGAAUCACUAUCCCCGCACACCUGGCGUACGGCAAGAAGGCAUUGCCUGGCAUCCCUGCUAACAGCACUCUGGUGUUCGACGUCAAGUUGUUGGAGAUCUCUUAG